AACUUAAGACAACUGUCUGAAAAUUCCACACUCUGGAUUCUCUGUCUCAUAGUUUUCUUUGCAGAAGAAAAGAAAAGCAAUAGCUCAAUUCUCUAUUUUCCAGAAGAUACACUUUUUUCUCACACAAACCAAGGGAAGAAAAAAAAGAUCAUUCCUCAAUCUGAAGCAUAAUUGUAACACAUAAUCAGAUUCUGCAGAAUGAAGGUUGAAAUUGAAGGCAGCCACAGUGAUUAUGCUGAAUCUGUUUCCAGACAACCAGAAAAUAGAGGAAGAUUGGAAUCCAAGAAGAAACUGAAGAAAGUGAGGUCAAUAAGGCUUGUAAGAUUGCCAAGCAAGAGAUCAUCCACCAGAGGAGGGAGACACCGCCAUGAUUAUCUCUUCAUUGACACAGAAAGUUUAGAGGGGCCAACACCAAUUGAAAUGGUAGAUGCAUCACCAAAUUACAUGAAGGCUACCAGCAGUUCUCAUGCAAAAGAUAGUAUUCAGAAUACACAAAGAAUACUAUUCACAAAGAAGACUUUGACAAGAAUGUCUACUACUUUGAAACUGAAGAGAAGUCUGACCAGAAAGUUAUCUGGAAGGACUGAACCAAAGAGGGAACUGAAGUCCUCAAGAUCAAUCAAGUUUGCAGCUGUCAAGGGCCAAAAAUCAACAAGAAAGUUUUAUGAAUCUAAUUAUGGAAGUGAUGACCAGAAUUGGAAAAGUGCAAGUGAUGCUGGUAACAAACUCCAGAGAGUCAUAACCAGAAGAUUAAGCUUGAAGCCCGUGAGGAUCUUAGCAAAGAUGCCUACUUUCAAAUCAAAGAAUUCUUCCAUGGAGAGAGGCAAUCAGAUAUCUCAAUCCCCAUACACAAGCUUGCUUAGAGCCACUUGUACUUCUGCUCUCAAGGAUUCCCAUUUUCCUGAGAAAAUUGACCUCCCUCAAGAGGGAAGUGACUCUCAAGGAGUAUCAGCUGUGAAGGUUUGUCCAUAUUCUUACUGCUCACUUCACGGUCAACGCCACACCAAUCUGCCUCCACUGAAGCGCUUUGUGUCAAUGAGGAGGCGCACGUUGAAGAGCCAAAAGCCAACAAAAAUGGAUUGUCAACCUGACACUAGAUCAAAGCAGAUUGGUAAUGCAAAGAAAGCCGCUCAGAAAACUCAAACUGUCCACAAAGAAGAUGGAAGAUCUCAUUUUCAGAACAAGAAAAAGCUGGCUAGGGGCUUAUGGAUUAGGCCUCAUGGCACUCCAGCAUCCACAGUUUCUGAAGGUGUGGAAUCAACAUCAACAGAUAGAGUCGAGUUUUCUGCUCCUGAUACUGAGAUAUUGGAGAGAGAAGUAACUAACACUGGCAACACAAGCAAAAAUAUGAAGCUGGAUUGUGAAGUACUGAAGAUGAGUUCUUUACAGAAAGAGUCUACACAUGCUAGCACUACUGAUAUGGCAAGGGGAAUGCAGGAAAGAGAUAAAAAAUUUGUCAAAAUGUGGCAGUUGAUGUAUAAGCAUGCUGUAUUGAGUAACACAGGUGAAAAUAAGCAGCAAUUUGAUGGGAAGGACAAGGAAGGAAGAGAGCAAGAUUUCUUUGCAACUAAUGAAGUGAACAACUCUUGUCGUGAUGAUUGUGAUACAGAUCAGGAUAUGGAUGAGGAAAAUAAGGAUGCAAUUGAGCUGGUGCAGAAAGCAUUUGAUGAAAUCCUUCUUCCAGAGCCUGAAGACCUCUUUUCUGAUGAUCAAUUCAAAUCUGAAGGCAUUGAUUCAGAUGUGGUACACUUAGAAAAGAGUGAAGUUGAGAGAAAAAGGAAUACUUCAACAUCCACAGAAUCUCCAACAGCACAGAGGAUGGGGACCAAACCUGACCAAAGAGCACCAAGAAGCUGGAGCAAUCUGAAGAAGUUAAUCCUCUUGAAAAGGUUUGUGAAUGCAUUAGAGAAGGUAAGAAACAUCAACCCCAAAAGACCAAGACGUUUUCCUUCUGAUGCUAACUUAGAAAUAGAAAAAGUUUUUCUCAAGCACCAAACAGCGGAAGAGAAGAAGAAUGCUGAGGAAUGGAUGCUUGACUAUGCACUUCAAAAGGUUGUUUCUAAACUUGCACCUGCUCAAAGACAAAAAGUGACACUUCUAGUAAAAGCUUUUGAAACAAUUCUGCCAUUUCAAGUUGCUGAAAAUAGUCCACGGUUUUCUCCAACAAUGGAACCUCAAGCAAAUCCAGUUCAACCCCUUGACAAUUCCUCAAAUCACAGCGAGGAAGAAACAUCAUUUUCUCAUGAUAGCAGUAUGGAACUGACAGAAAAUACUAGUGAUGAUCCAAUGCCAGAACUGCACAAUCCUACUACGCUCAAAGAAAGAUGUCUUGAGUCUCUUGAUUUUCCUGGAACCGAGACAGUCAAGAAUAUGCCUGCCUUUGGAGCUACUGAAGAAGACUUGAGUGGAAAGCAAAGUUUAGCUGGCAGUUAUGAUAAUGAGGAGAAGAUAUCAAGUGACAGUGAUAAUAUUUAUCUUGUAGAGAUCAAAGAUACUACCUCAAGUUCCUUAAAUGAGCCAGUUGAAAUUAUAAGAAGCAGUCAUGAGGAGGCUCCAACCAAUGAAACAGUCAAUGAUGUUCCAGAAGAUUUGCUAUCCAGUGUGAAUACAGAAAAUCCAGAUAUCAAAUCUGAGUCACCUGGAAGAGAUGUUGAAACCAAGAAUCUGAAUGGUGAUAAUGGGGAAAAAAUUUCCAUGUCCAAAAGUUUAGUCCUAGAAGGUUUAGUUAGAUCACUCAGAUCUAAUUUGAUUGGUUCAGGAGCACCUGUAAACGAACCAACUGCCAACAACAGAAAAGAAGGAAUUGAAAAUGUUAAACAGGAAACUGAGACUCUUGAAGAGUUCCCUACAAAGGAACAAUCUGAAGCUCAUAUUAGUGCUGUUGUAGAACCUGAGACCCCUGUAGAGAAACAGAAUAACACAGGAUUGUGGUACUUGGUGUAUAAGCACAUGGUAUCAAAUAUGGAUGAAAACAAUUCCGAGUCACUAAUUGAUGGGGCAGAUGAAAAAGAGUCAGGGUUUGAUGGGAGCAGAACAAGAGGAGCUUCCUUCUCUCAUGAAAGUACACCCGUGACUGAUGAAGAGAUGAAAUUUAAGGACCAUGUCGUAGCUGAUCCAGAAGUUGCACGCCAACAGAAUGAAGCCAUCAAGAUGGUAGAAGAAGCAAUUGAUUCAAUUCUUCCAGAUGAUCAGGAUGACUUAUCAGACAAGGAAUCACUCACUGACAGCACAAUUUCAGACAACUCCAAACAAUCCAACAGAACUGAAAGAGUAUACAGUGAAGGCCUGAACCAAAAAGAAGAACAGAUGGAAUCCGGGAACGGAAUGAUCCAAAAACAAGAAGAAUCAGCACCAAAGGAGCAAAACAAAACAAACCAGAAAAUGUCUACAAGCUGGAGCAAUCUUAAAAAAGUGAUCCUGCUUAGGAGAUUCAUCAAGUCAUUGGAAAAAGUAAGGAAAUUCAACCCAAGAGGGCCUAGAUAUCUACCUCUAGAGCCUGAUUCAGAAGCUGAAAAAGUUAACUUAAGGCAUCAAGACAUGGAAGAACGAAAAGGUACGGAAGAAUGGAUGCUUGAUUAUGCACUUCGACAGGUUGUUUCCAAAUUAACCCCUGCUAGGAAAAGAAAAGUGGAGCUGCUGGUGGAAGCUUUUGAAACAGUCAUGCCAACUAUAAAAACUUGAAACUGGGCAAACUGGCAAAGAGUGGAAUAGCUUUGUAUGCAAAAAAAAUUCAAGCUGAAAGGUCAACAAGGAGAUGUAUAUGAUCAUAAUCAUUUGGGAUGUCAGCAGUUUUUUGUUUUGUGGAAACUGUGUCUGGUGUCAUAUAUUUUUUAUAGUCUCUUAGGAGGAAACUUAGAGUAUAGAAUGUUUCAUGAUUCAGCAACAACAAAAUUCAAUAUAGGGAUAUUUCCCCCUUUUUUUAACCUUUCAUAUCUCUCUUGGUGUUCUCAGGUGGAUGUUUUGUAUGAAAGAUUUGCAUUACAAAUACCAUAGACAAUCUUUAAAUGUCAUGAUGUAUGUCUUUUGUGUGGAACAUAAUAGAAUGGCCUAAUCCGUAUUGCAUAUUUA